AUGAACUGGCGGCCGCUGUGGCUGGGCUUCCUACUUCCCAUGACAGUCACAGGCCGGGCCCUGGGGCCUGCAGAGAAGAAGGCAGCAGUGGAUUACCUUUUGCAAUAUGGGUACCUCCAGAAGCCUCUAGAAGGACCUGAUAACUUCAGGCUAGAAGAUGUCACGGAGGCUCUGAGAGCUUUUCAGGAAGCAUCUGAGCUUCCGGUCUCAGGUCAGCUGGAUGAAGCCACAAGGGCCCGCAUGAGCCAGCCCCGGUGUGGCCUGGAAGACCCCUUCAAUCAGAAGACCCUUAAAUACCUGCUGCUGGGCCGCUGGAGAAAAAAGCACCUGACCUUCCGCAUCUUGAACCUGCCUUCCACCCUCCCUCCCCACACGGCCCGUGCAGCCCUGCGUCAGGCCUUCCGGUAUUGGAGCAACGUAGCCCCCUUGACCUUCCGGGAGGUGCAGGCUGGCUGGGCUGACAUCCGCCUCUCCUUUCAUGGCCGCCAAAGCCCGUACUGCUCUAACACCUUUGAUGGGCCUGGGAGGGUCCUGGCUCAUGCCGACAUUCCAGAGCUGGGCAGCGUGCACUUCGAUGAAGAUGAGCGCUGGACCGAGGGGACCUACCAGGGGAUGAACCUUCGCAUCAUCGCAGCCCACGAACUGGGCCAUGCCCUGGGGCUCGGGCACUCCCGAUACACCCAAGCCCUCAUGGCCCCUGUCUACGCUGGCUACCGGCCCCACUUCAAGCUGCACCCAGAUGACGUGGCGGGGAUCCAGGCUCUCUAUGGCAAGAAGAACUCUGAGACAGAGGAUGAGGAAGAAGUGACAGAACUCCUUGUGCCCCAAGUGCCCACAGAACCCAGUCCUAUGCCAGAUCCCUGCAGUGGUGAACUGGAUGCCAUAAUGAUGGGGCCCCGUGGGAAGACUUAUGCCUUCAAGGGGAGCUACGUGUGGACGGUGACAGAUUCGGGGCUGGGUCCCUUAUUCCAAGCCUCUGCUCUUUGGGAGGGACUCCCAGGAAACCUGGACGCUGCUGUCUACUCUCCUCGAACACAAUGGAUUUACUUCUUUAAGGGAGACAAGGUGUGGCGCUACGUUCAUUUCAAGUUAUCUCCUGGCUUCCCCAAGAGGCUGAAUAGGGUGGAACCCAACCUGGAUGCAGCUCUCUAUUGGCCUGUCAACCAGAAGGUGUUCCUCUUUAAGGGCUCCGGGUACUGGCAGUGGGAUGAGCUGGCCCGAACCGACUUCAGCCACUACCCCAAACCAAUCAAGAGGUUGUUCACCGGAGUGCCAGACCGGCUCUCAGCUGCUAUGAGUUGGCAGGAUGGCCACGUCUACUUCUUCAAGGGCAAACAGUAUUGGCGCCUCAACAAGCAGCUUCGAGUAGAGAAGGGCUAUCCCAGAGAUACCGCCCGCAACUGGAUGCACUGUCGUCCCCAAGUCCCAGACACGACCGCAUCAGGUGGAGGCACCCCUCCCUUCGCCUCAGGCCCAGACCGCUCAGUCACAGGAACAACCUGGGCUCCCACUUCCCUGUCCGUAGACACCACCUUAAACUCUGA